AUGAAUUCUGGGUUGUCAUGGGCUGAUCAAUGGGACUACAAUUCUGACCCUCCACCAGAAGCACCAAGGGAUGAUAAGAAGAAGAAAAAAGAUGGGUCCAAGAGUAAGUUCGGAAAAUCAAUUCUAAGUUUCAAAUGGAUAAAAGAGCUCCGGAGGAAAUCUCAAAAGUGA